AUGAUAUAUCAAUGGGAAAAAGUCAAACAAAAUACUAUCAAAGCGUUGGACAUUAAUAAAUUGACCGGCCUAUGGUAUGCCGUGUUUGGCAAACAGCAAACCAACGAUUCAAUAGCUAUGGAAUUGAAUAAGACUAACGACAAGACACUGGAGUUUAAGCACAUUGUCAAUGGACAGUUAGAUCAUUCCUAUGACCUGGUACAAAACUAUGAUACCCUACAGGGUAAAUUGGAUCGGGUAAUCGACAGGGGCGACUAUCAACUGGGCUAUCCCUGGUGGGUAUUGCACACUGAUUACGAUCAAUAUCUAGUGGUCUACCAGUGCCUACUGCUAACCGACGAUCCCAAUGCCACUGAAUCGUCAGUAGAUGUCUGGACAGUCUAUAGCCGUACAAAACAACUAACGGAUGAACAGUUAGCCAAUGCUAGAGGACUGUUAGCUAAAGCUGGCGCUUCAAUUGACGGCUCAAAUGAGAUAUUAUUUCAAAUAAAUCAUCAGUAAAACUACUACUAAUAAUAAU